AUGAAACCGUGCCAGGAAGACGGGGCGGAUGCAGCUGCGGGAGACCCCUGGAAGGAGUGUUUCGAGGCGGCCGUGCAGCUGGCGCUCCGAGCCGGGCAGAUCAUCAGAAAAGCCCUUACUGAGGAAAAGCAUGUCUCAACAAAAACAUCAGAUGCAGACCUUGUGACAGAAACAGAUCACCUUGUGGAAGAUUUAAUUAUUUCUGAGCUUCGAACUCGGUUUCCUUCACACAGAUUCAUUGCUGAAGAGUCUGCAGCAUCCGGUGCUAAGUGUGUGCUCACCAGCAGUCCCACCUGGAUCAUUGAUCCUAUUGAUGGGACCUGCAACUUCGUGCACAGGUUUCCGACUGUGGCUGUCAGCAUCGGAUUUGCUGUGAAUCAAGAGCUGGAAUUCGGUGUGAUCUACCACUGCAUGGAGGAGCAGCUCUACACUGGGCGAUGCGGUCAGGGUGCUUUCUGUAAUGGCCAGCAGCUCCAGGCCUCCAGGGAGACAGAUCUCUCAAAGGCCUUAGUUUUAACCGAAAUAGGUCCCAAACGUGACCCUGCCACUCUGAAAUUGUUCCUGAGUAACAUGGAACGGUUACUGCACGCCAAGGCUCAUGGGGUCCGUGUGAUCGGGAGUUCCACCUUGGCCCUCUGCCACCUGGCUGCAGGUGCUGCAGAUGCCUACUAUCAGUUUGGCUUGCACUGCUGGGAUCUGGCUGCUGCUACAGUCAUCAUUCAAGAAGCUGGCGGGAUUGUGAUAGACACAUCUGGUGGGCCCCUUGACCUCAUGUCAUGCAGAGUGGUUGCUGCAGGCACCCGAGAAAUGGCAGUACUCAUAGCUCAGGCCUUACAAACUAUCAAUUAUGAGCGGGAUGAUGAGAAGUGA